AGUACCGGAGACGUGCGGAGGGCGGUGGAGCAGAAGCCGGUGGUGGUGGUGGGGCGGCGGGGUUGCUGCAUGGUGCACGUGGCCCGGCGCCUACUCCUCGGGCAGGGUGCGAACCCGGCGGUGCUCGAGGUCGGCGACGACGCCGACCCGGCGGCCCUCGUCGCCGCGCUCCGGUCCAAAGACAUCAGUACUAGGGGCGUCGCGGACGUCGUCGUCGAUGCGUGCGGCGCGGCGGCGAUGGCGCGCCACGCCCACGCGGCGUUCCCGGCGGUGUUCAUCGGCGGCAGGCUGGUGGGCGGGCUGGACCGGCUCAUGUCCAUGCACAUCGCCGGCGAGCUCGUGCCGGUCCUGAAGCAGGCAGGAGCCCUGUGGCUCUGA